AGAAGGAGACGUGGACCUGUCCGGUCACACAGGCUUUUAUAUUAUCGUUGCUUAUCUGGACUGGAGAUCUAAACAGGCCUCCUAGAUGCUCAGUGUGGCUUUGCUAACUGUCAUAAAAGGAGAGCUCAUUUUCUUCGAAGCUGGUUUGAUCAGGGGUGUGAGGGGUGUUUGCUUAGGAAGAAGUACCGGAACAUGUACCCAAAAUCCAGUGGGCGUUCUGUAGCUCUGUGACCUCUGACCUGAGGCCAUGGUGGAGGCCCAGAAGAGCAGGUGAGCAGGAGUAGCAGGAAUGGUCUGAUCUUUGCAGGGUUCCCUCUCUUCUGAGCGACAGCCCCUGGACUCAUCAUGCUCAUCUGAAGCUUUCAGUCAAGGAACAGUUAAUUGUCUGACAGCUAUGGGAAAUGCCUCCCUUGCUCCCUCCUUCUCCUUCUAUCCCUCCCCUUGUCCUUCUCUUUCCUUUAUUCAUGCUCUCCCGCCCUUUCCCCUCUCUCUCUCUCUCUCUCUCUCUCCCCACUGUCUUCUCUUGCCUGUAUUCUCUCUCUCUCUGUCACAAGUAGGUGUUUCCCUGCGUGAUGAGACCGAGUGUAUAUAGGGCACGAGCGCUCAGGCAAGUUCAGAGUCUUAAGCACGCCUGCCACACGCUCCCUCCUUAGGACUAUUCCUGGUUCUCAUUGCUGCCCAAGUCCCCCACCUCCCGAGUGGAUUUACACUUUUUUGACACUAUCAUGUCAGAAGGAAGAAGGGAAGAAGGAGAAGAAAGGAAGAAGGAGAGGAAAGGGAGGAAAAAGGGGGAAAAGGAGCGCAAGGGAAAAAACAGUGAUUUCACUCAAGGAGCUCCUACAAUAAAGCCUUUGAGGAGGCAAGUGCUGGUGGCAGAAGGAGCCCGGAUAACAGUGAAGUGUGAGGCGUCGGGAAAACCUCCCCUGUCCUAUAAGUGGUACAAAGACGGCACCAUUCUGAAAAAGAGCAAACAAGUCAGGAUCAGAGCCAGGAAGAAAAACUCCAAGGUCCAGAUUGCUAGUGCUCGGCUGGAGGACUCUGGGAAUUACAUGUGUGUAGUGGAGAACGACAGCGGCAGUAGCAACAGCACAAGCACCGUUCAUGUCCAAAGCAUAACCACAGCGUUACCUCCAGGCUCAGGCCACGAAAGAAAAUGCAACGAGACAGAAAAGGGAUACUGUGUGAACAAUGGCGAGUGUUACUUCAUCCAUGGUAUAAAUCAGCUCUCCUGCAAGUGUCCAAAUGACUUUACUGGUGAUCGCUGUCAAACCUACGUUAUGGCCAGUUUCUACCAGUCUCUUGGGAUUGAAUUUAUGGAGGCAGAGGAGCUCUAUCAGAAGCGAGUCCUGACAAUCACAGGCAUCUGCGUGGCUCUGUUGGUGGUGGGCAUCGUGUGCGUGGUGGCCUACUGCAAAACCAACCUCCCCCCUAGGAAACAGAGGAAGAAGAUGCACAGUCACCUGAGGCAGAACAUGUGUCUGGAUCACCCCAAUCGCAGCCUGGCCAACGGGCCCAACCACCCCGGCCCUGGCCCUGAGGAGAUCCCAAUGGUGGAUUAUAUCUCAAAGAAUGUCCCAGCCACUGAGAGAGUGAUGAGAAGCGAAGCGGAGGCGUCGUUUGCUGGCAGCCAUCAUUCUUCCAGAUCCCACAAUUCCUCCACCCGAGCCCACUCCUCCACACACAGACAUGACGAGAAGACGUGGAGCCUGGAGCGGACGGACAGCGUGCUGUCAGACUGUCCUUCGGGCGUGGUCUCGUCCUCUGUGGGCACCAGUAAGUGCAGCAGUCCAGCAUGUAUGGAAGCACGAGCGCGUCGUGCCACUCACUGCGGCUUACCCGAGUCCCGCCGGCCACCGCUGCGCUAUGGAGACUCCUUCGACUCGCUCGACUCACCACACAGCGACAGGUAUGUGUCAGCCCUGACCACACCGGCACGCUUGUCUCCAGUGGACUUCCAUUACUCACUGCCUCCACAGGUGCCUACCUUCCAGAUCACGUCUCCCAAUGCCAGCCAUGCCAUGUCUUUGCCGCCAGCCGCCCGCGCUCCCUACCCACCCGAGGAGGACCAGCCGUUGCUUCGCUGCUACCAGCUGCCUCUGCACGAGGCGCAGCGCCAUGAGCCCUACCAGCAGCGGAUACAACAGCAGCGGGCACGCUCCUACCUGCAGGACAGUGCAGGCAGCCUGCCCUCCAGUCCAUACCGGCUGGCCCAGGACAUCGGCGAGUAUGAGAGCACGCAGGAGUACCCGCCCUCACUGGAGCAACCAAAGAGAAGCAGUGGACGCUGGCACAGGUCCAGACUGAACGGGCACGUGGCACCGCAGGGCUACCAGCCGUCCCGGGACUUGGGCUCGCGCAGCUGCCUGUCGGACAGUGAGUCAGAGGAGGGGGAGGAGGGCGAGAGCACGCCCUUCCUCAGCAUGCAGAACAUAAACACACCCGAGCCCUCAGCCAUCUACAGGCCUGUGCUGCCCACACACACACGGACUUCCCACACACAGAGCAGACACACGCAGCAGCACGCGCGCUCCAAACCGGACAGCGCUGCCCACUAAAGACACAGUCCACCUACCCACCCGCAAAAUCUGUAUACCUAUAGACCUGCACCUAUAAAAAAUAUUUUUUAUUUUAUAUAACUAACAGAUAUUCUAAACAAAUGAAAUAUUUAUUUUCAUUUUAGCAAAAAAAGUUGUCUACUAGUUAACAGCAAAGACUUUUUUUUAUAGGGAAAACUCUAUUUAUAUGUACAUUUUGAUUUACAGCAUAAGAGACGUGCCAAUUUUUUCACAACUUAAAGAAAUAGAAUAAUAUUGUGGUGCCUUUUGCUGUAUGCCGAUGCCAGAGGGCCAGUGGAGUUUUUGUAGCCUUUCUUAUAAGGACGCCUCAUUUUUUAUACGCACUCUUUCUUUUUUUGGCCUUUUGUUUUCCUUAUCCUUGUGUUCUUUUGGGAGCUGACCCAACCAUUUGAGCAGUGACAUUUCCUCCCCUUUCACAUCAUGCAAUAUAAACCGCUCUUAAGGUGUAUGUUUACAAGAAUAUAAUUCACAUGUUUUAAUGAUUAUGUUGCUUUCCUAACAGGAACUUAAUGACAAAUGCAACUGGGACAGGGGCUAUUUUUUUUUCCCAAUGAAACGGAAGGAAAGUAUGUGGUGUGCAUUCAGAUGUCCAACUGAGUGUGUGUACAUGUGCUGCACACCAAUGUAAAGCGUGUGUGAGCAGAAGGAAGGAGAUGUCUAAUUUUCCAGACUAGUGUCCACUUAUCAGACUUCUCACUACUGAAUCAAGAGUCACGAGCUUGUUUUGAUCUGAGAGGUAGAACCCCAUCCAUCUGUAGCAGAUAUGGAGCUUUGGUUGGUGGUUAAGUCAUUGAAGAGCCUCAGCACUCCAAUCCUUUCCUCCCAAACAGUCCUGUUCUACUCUCUCUCAUUCCGUCCUUCUAGCGAGGCUGAUGUAGAGUUGUUUAAUGAGUCCAUUGAAGAAUUUUAGAGGUAAUGGCUAAAACAGAACAUCACACAUUUCUUCCAUUUAAGAGAAACGUGGAAAAAUAGGAAAAAUGUCCUUCAUAAUUUUUUUUUUUCCAAGAAUGAAAGAGAGAGGUGAACAGCCACGUAGUGUCUCAGGACAACCCCUCCUCACCCUUCCUCCCUCCGUCACAGGACUGAAGUAAAAGAACCAUUCGCAGGCUUAUGAAUGUAUAAGCUCCCUCUUCCAUCCCCAUACAUGCUGGGAAUCUCAUCACAACACACACACACACACACACGACAUGACAAAUAGCUGUGAAACUUCCUUGGGGCCAUAAAAAUAUGCCAAAAUAUGCAAGCUUUAUAUUUUACCUUUUGUUUUCUGAACAAACCAUAAUGCAUUGUAAGAAAACUGUGAUGCUUGAUUUGAGUUCGGUGUGCUUGAGUUGAGCUCCCCUUAAUUCUAAUCAAUCAGACCACCAAACCAUGACACAUUUACACACAAGGGCCAUCUCGGAGUCCAGACGAGACCAAACCGGACAGCUCUAGUCCUGCAUGAGUCCGUCGUUCAGGAUGCUCAUAACGUCGAUCAUCUAGAAGUUCCUGAACACUUACUCACGCUAAAAUUGGCCAUGAUGUCCCUGGAAUGUAAAUACAAAGAUUUCAAUGUCAAAUUUGAAGGAACACGCCGUUGGCAUAGAUAAUUCAGGAAAUCUAGAUAAGGGAGGAAUGUAUUGAUGUAGUUGUGAUUAGAUAAGUAAAGGGGAAAAAAAAUUAAAAAACUAGAUCCUAAAAUGUUUCUCUUGCUCUGUUGUGGUGGCACAAAGAGAUAGAGAUAAUACUAAAAGCUAAAUAUAUUAAUAUAAUUUUUUUCUUGCACUUCGAUGACCAGAGUUAAUCUUCUGUUUAUUCCCUGCCCUGGCGUUUUGAAUCCUGUUUGUAUGUUUGAGAAAUGCAGAACCAGACAGUGCUUCUCUAGUUAGUUUUAAAUGUGAUAUCCCUUUCCUCCUCCUCCUACAAAAGGUCCCACUAGACUCUGACAGUUUAUGUUCCUACUGUUUCUUCCUUUUGCGUUUCCUCCUCGCUUGAGAAGUUUGAACACCUCUCCUCUGCAUGUCCUUGUGGUCAAGGUUAAAUGGGUGCAUGGUAAAAAGCAGCAGAUGAUUUUAUUUCUCUCCAAGUCAGUGAAAGUGUAUUUCAUUUAAUAUUCAGCAAUAAAAAAAAAAAGGAGAAUCCCCCCCCCCAUGUCAAUUCUUGGAAUAUGCUAGAAAAAAAAGUGAAAUACAUGCCAGGUUGUCUUAGAUUGUAAAAUAAAAAAUGAAUCCACGUCUUCACAUUGAAAAAAAAUAAUAAAUCCUUCGUAUCAUUUCAA